AUGGGAGGAUACACAGGGCAAGAAACCACCCAUUUUUGCUGUAUGAUUCCGACGGGCCAUUACCCAACCGGCGUAAUCCAGUCCUCGGAGCGUAAGAAUCGGAUCUACGAUGUUGCAGAGCGGCACGACCUCUAUAUCCUCGAACAUGAUCCGUACUACGACCUCCAGCUCGGGACCACAUUCACAACUUCGGAAAACACAAACACAAACUUCCACACCGCUGAUCGCUAUCUGGUUCAGCUAUCGCCGUCAUAUCUUACCAUCGAUACCUCAGGAAUUGUUUUGACUGCUUCGCCGCUGGAAGAGAUCUUGGGAGCACCGAGGAUUCAUCGACGCUUGGUACAUUUGUCGGACCAAAAUAGUCGACGUGGGGACUCUUUGAUAGCAGCAUGCAUGUUUCUAUGGAUCCGCUUCAAUCCCAUCGACCGUCCCAACGUCACAGCUGCGAAUCAUGAUUUUGGUGCCGCCGUUGACAAAGAUCUGGAAGUCGCGGUUGAGCGACUCGCUUAG